AUGUCACAAGUUCAAGAACAACAUAUAUCAGAGUCACAGCUUCAGUACGGGAACGGUUCGUUAAUGUCCACUGUACCAGCAGACCUUUCACAGUCCGUCGUUGAUGGAAACGGCAACGGUGGCAGCGAUGAUAUUGCCGCCACCAACGGCUCCGGCGAUGGUGGUGGGUUGCAGGAGCAAGUUCUAGCGCAAGGUGAGAUGGAGGAUGAAGCAUACGAUGAAGCUGCCUUGGGUUCGUUUGUACCCAUAGAGAAACUGCAAGUGAACGGAAUUACUAUGGCAGAUGUGAAAAAACUAAGGGAGAGCGGGUUGCACACGGCUGAAGCGGUCGCGUAUGCUCCCAGAAAGGAUUUAUUGGAAAUCAAAGGUAUAUCGGAAGCUAAGGCAGACAAGUUGCUUAAUGAAGCGGCAAGGCUGGUGCCCAUGGGAUUUGUCACAGCAGCUGAUUUCCAUAUGAGAAGAUCGGAGCUGAUUUGUUUGACAACAGGAUCUAAGAAUUUGGACACGCUUUUGGGUGGUGGUGUGGAAACUGGUUCCAUUACUGAGCUUUUUGGUGAAUUCAGAACAGGUAAGUCCCAACUAUGUCACACUUUGGCCGUGACAUGCCAAAUUCCAUUGGAUAUUGGUGGUGGUGAAGGUAAGUGUUUGUAUAUCGAUACGGAAGGUACUUUCAGACCGGUAAGAUUAGUUUCCAUAGCUCAGCGGUUCGGAUUAGACCCGGAUGAUGCUUUGAACAAUGUUGCGUAUGCAAGAGCCUAUAACGCUGACCAUCAGCUAAGACUUCUGGACGCCGCUGCCCAAAUGAUGAGUGAAUCCCGGUUUUCCUUGAUCGUGGUGGAUUCUGUUAUGGCCCUUUACCGUACAGAUUUUUCUGGUCGUGGUGAAUUGAGCGCAAGACAAAUGCAUUUAGCCAAAUUUAUGCGUGCUUUACAAAGAUUGGCUGACCAAUUUGGUGUCGCAGUCGUUGUCACUAACCAAGUGGUCGCCCAAGUUGAUGGUGGCAUGGCUUUCAACCCAGAUCCAAAGAAGCCAAUCGGUGGUAAUAUUAUGGCACAUUCUUCUACCACGAGACUAGGCUUCAAGAAGGGUAAGGGAUGUCAAAGAUUAUGCAAAGUUGUUGACUCACCUUGCUUGCCAGAGGCCGAAUGUGUGUUUGCAAUCUACGAAGAUGGUGUUGGUGACCCCAGAGAAGAAGACGAGUAA